AUGCCACUGCAGCUUGACUGGGUGGUGGUCUAUGAUAGCCCAGCUACAAAACCGCAUCAGGGAAAAUGCAGCCCACUAACAAGGAAUGAAUGUAAUAGUACCGACCAUCGGGGCACGCCCGAGCAGCCGGGACGAGUCGUUACCGUAAUCGAGCGCGAGUUUUGGGAAACGCUGGAUGAUCCGCUAGCGACCCUGGAAUCCGAGUCUGCUUCGACGGGGAAGGUCUGGGGUGCAGCGUAUCAUAUUCCCGCCUCCCACGCCGAAGAAGUUCACGACUAUCUUGACGAGCGGGAAAUCGAUGGCUACAGUGUACAUUUUACACCCUUCCACCCUACAUCUGGGCCGUCCAAGGACCCGCAAGAGAAUGCGAACCACGCUACACCAAUUAUCUGUAUGGUGUAUAUCGGGCGGCCGACGAACCCGCAGUUCUUGCGUGAACCUGAACAGCGCGCCCCGCAGGACGUCGCGCAGGUAAUCAGCGCGGGACAUGGGCAGAGUGGGAAGAAUACGGAGUACCUGUAUUUGUUGGAGAAGGCGUUGGAGGGACUUGGACUUGGGACUGCGGAUGUGCAUGUCACUGAUCUGGUGAAGAGGGUUAGGGCUAUCGAGGCUGCUGAUUUGGCAGAUCGCGAGGAACGGCAGGCAGAGCAGGAGGUGAAGGAGUAUUUGGCGCGGUCGCCAGCAGAGCAUGUGCAUGGGGACAAGAUAGAAUGA